CUCAGCCUCAUUUGCUUCAUUGAGCCAUCAUGCCCGGUACUUUGCAAGGCCAAUAUAUCAGACUUGAAGUCAUCAGCGGAAAAAAUCUCAAGUUCCUUCCGAGCGCAUACCUGCAGGCAUUUACGUGUCCAUCAAACUCGACUCAAGGAGACGCUGGAGGUCAGCUGCCCAAGUCCCAUCGUCCGACAGUUCUAUAGCGUGGGGUGAUACCGUGACCUUGUAAAUCCUUCCAUGGAGACUUUCUGACGCGAUUCCAGUACUCAUCAUACGUUUGCAGAUCACCAAAUGUGUUACCUAGAUUAUCACUGGAGAUCCGGGCAUCCUUUGAGCUCGGUCGAAUGCUAGGGCAUGGAGAACUCAUUGGAAAACUUGAAACAACACGGAAUAAGCUUCUCGGUCAUGGAGAUGAACUUUUCGGUGAGUAAUCCGCUUCCCAUCCAUGCGCGUCGCUACCUUGUCCUAGAUCUGUCAUUCCCACCCAUGGAUGUGGAUAAAGUUUGUCCUUCUCUCAUGCUAAAGGCCACUUCUGUGCACGCUCGCGGAAACAAUAAUACUGGACAACUUGAUUCCGUUGUUGAAUCUGAGAUCACUCGGUUCACAGAUGAAGGCCAUGCACGUUUUCGAAAAUAUAUGAGAGGCGAGAAUACCUCUCACCUGAACGCUUCUGUAAAUCAUUUCCAGUGGGUUUUGGACGAGUGUCCGGUCGGCCAUCCCGACCGCGCUGCCGCUCUUACAAAUAUCGCGUGGGCCUGCCUUCAAGGCUGUAUUCGAAAGGAUCUUCAAGAUUUUGACUCCACUAUCUCUCUAUUCCGCGACGCCCUUGCAUUACAUCCGCAGGGCCACCCCAAUCAUCCCUUAUCACUUUAUCAUCUCACCGAAGCGCUGAAAUGGCGCUACAACAAUCAACCUAUCCCCACCGAAAUUUUUGAAUCAACCCGACUCUACCAUGAGCUAUGCACUUAUCUUUGUAGCAUUACGGCAGGGGACAAUAUCGUCGAUUAUGUGAUUGGGGCAUGCAACGAUCUUCCAACGGACGCAUCCGAUCAAGGCAUCCAGCUUCGACGAAUUGUGCUCGAGCUCUGUCCUCUAGGCCACCGACACCGUCUCAGAGCACUCGACGAGCUUUCACGAGCCCUCAGAGCACGUUUUUCACAACACGGCAGUAUUGAUGAUUUAGAUGAGAGCAUACAACUUCAUCGUGAUGCUGUGUCUAUGCUCCCCGAGGGACAUUGUUCUCGUGAUAUCUACUUGAAUGAGUUGGCUUUUUCUAUCACACAGCGCGUCAAUCACCAAGGCAAAUUGCAUGACCUCGACGAGGCCAUCUCCUUGCACGAAGAAGCAUUGCGCCUGCGCCCUGUUGGUCAUGUAUCUCGUGAUUCAUCAUUGGACAACCUAGGGGGCGCCCUGCGCACCCGUUUCGAAAAACUUGGUGACAUCAAUGACCUCAACAGAGCUAUCAGCCUCUAUCGCGAGGCACUGACACUGUGCCCGCCUGGGCAUCCAACUCGUGAUAUCACGCUUGGCAACCUUGCCCUCGGGCUCGACACCAGAUACGACAAACUGUGUACCAGCGAGGAUCUAAACGAGGCCAUUGAUUCGUAUCGCGAAUCACUUCGGUUAAAGCGCCAUGAUCAUUCUGAGCGCCAUGUAACUCUUCUCAAUUUGAGCUCGGCACUCUCCUCUCGUUUCACAGAAACACAGAAGAAUGAAGAUGUCGAGGAGGCCAUUGAUCUCUGCCAAGAAUCAUUGGCAGUUUUGCCUUCACUGCAUCCGGAUAGAUGUUUCAGCUACAUGCGACUGCAGGAGGCCUUUCUGUCUCGCUACGAGAUGCAACACAACCCAGCUGAUUUGUCACUUGCAGUAGAUAACUUCAGACUGGCAUCAAAACACCCUACUCAAGGAUUUCCAGAAUGCAUCAUGGAGGCUAUUGACUGGGUCCGUCAAGCAGAACUCUAUCAACACAAAUCUGCCCUUGAAGCAUACCAAAUGUGUUUGAAUCUUUUCGACAACCAUGUCGUGACGCGGUCCUCGAUCGUCUCACGGUGCGAUGCCGCAACUGCGUUUGAUGGUGCUCAGUUGCUGCCAGUAGAUGCGGCGUCAUGCGCGAUUCGUCGAAAUGAUCUGCAACGAGCAGUUGAACUCGUGGAGCAGGGCCGUGGUCAGCAAUGGUCGCUGGCCGCUAGACUCAGGACUCCAUUGGAAGACCUCGAGUCCGCAAGUCUGCCACUAGCUCACAAACUCUUAGAGCUGAGCAAGCGCCUGUCCGAUGUUCAGGGUUCUGUAGGCAGCACAGACCGAGCUGCUGCUGACAGGGCAGCAAUAGAAUACAGGGGACUUAUGAAGGAAUGGGAAGUUGCAGUAGCUGAAAUCCGUAAUCUUCACGGUUUCUCGCGAUUCUUGCUCCCACCGUCGUAUGAAGAACUACAAGCGGCAGCGUGCCAUGGCCCGGUCAUCAUCCUUAUUGCAAGUCAAUACUCGUGCGACGCCCUUAUUGUUCCGACGUCAGGACAGCCCCAUCAUGUUCCCUUCCCGUCUCUCACUCUUGCGCAUCUCGAGAUGCUCAAGAACAAUUUUACCAGGGAGAUACAGCAGGCGGGCCUUAUGGGCCCAACAGAGUCGAGGAAGGAUUUUCGAGUACUAUUGCGCAAAGUAUGGAAGGCGAUCAUGCUACCCAUUGUCAAUGUUCUGCAGCAUGACCUCAAAUUGCGACGCCGGUCUCAGAUAUGGCUGUGUCCGACGGCAGCCUUCACGUCUAUUCCUCUUCACGCCGCUAACCCCUUUCGGACGAAGGCAGAUUGCUCCGGGAAGGAGCCGUGUCUGGAGGAUUUCUAUAUCUGCUCUUACACGCCAACACUGUCAGCCUUGAUCAGAUCUCGACAGAUGAUGAAGACCCGCGGGAUGAUUCCGUCCUUCGUGGCGAUCGGGCAAAGUCAGCCAGGUGCUGGGCAAGGCACAGUGCUCGCCGCUGUCGACAGCGAGCUCGAGCUCGUCCAUAAACUCAUUCCCCCCAACGCCAAGUUCACCAAUCUUUCUGGCGACGACGCUACACAGGCAGGUGUACUCGAAGCUUUGCAAAGCAAUGCCUGGGUGCACCUCGCUUGUCAUGGCAAGCAGGACCGCGAGCAGCCUUAUCAUUCACGCUUCGCCAUGAGAGAUAAACCUCUCACGCUGCUUGAUAUCAUGGAGAAUGAUGCUCCGCAAGCCGAAUUCGCAUUCUUAUCAGCAUGUCAUACUGCCGUCGGCGAUGAGCAGACGCCCGACGAGGUAAUCCACCUCGCUGCUGGUCUGCAGUUUUCCGGGUUCAAGAGUGUCAUUGGCACUCUUUGGGCUGUCGAUGACGAUGUCGCAAAGCAUGUCGUCGAAGCAUUCUAUGAGGAGAUGUUCAAGGGUUCGAAGGAGGGUGACCAUGUCAUGGACUGCACGAAGGCGGCCUCAGCACUCAACCAUGCUACGCGCACUGUGUCAAAGAAGGAGGUGCCGCUUGAGCAGAGAAUCGUUUUCAUUCACAUUGACCAGUGCGCCUCACAAUCCACCCCUCGCCGAUUUACUCAACGUGCGCGAUUCCUACCUCAUUUCCACCCUACCAAUGCCAUCAUUUCAGUCUGAACGUCAUGCUGUGCGCCGUAACCCAACAACAUUGCCAGUCAGAUAUCCCAUCCCCCGCCUACCAAGGCCUCUGCCUACAGUAAAUCCACAGCAACCGGCUGUCCUUCACUACCUAUGCAAACUCCGUCUCUCCUCCUGCAAGGACGCAGCUAGUCAUGAUAAGCCUCGUGGUCCCCUGAAUUCCCCUGUCACAUCGCCCUUACCUCCAAAUUACUCCUCGACGCAGUCCGCAACUCAGGGGCGUUCACGCAUAGAUCCCCACGUAGGCUUCCGUAACCACCACGAUUUUUCGACAUUUUGUCUCGACACACGCCAUUACCGCCCACCACCCCAUCCUCUGACACUGCUCCCAUCACCUUCAAAGCCCGCCUAUAAACCUGGCAGCCUGUUCGCGCAGGUCAUACAUCGCC